AAGUACUUAGGGAGGUGUGUUAUAUCAAUGGCGCGCAUUAGCCUUGUUUUUUCAGUUUUUCUUCUGGCUUUGAUCUUUCAAGUACCAUCUUUGGAAGGUAGAAAGCUUUUAGAGGUGGCAAAGAAAGAAGUCCCAUCUUUGAAGGCCAAUUUGAUUGUUCCAUGUGCCCCUCCCAAGGACACUAUAGCUCCAAAUUCUCUUCAUCAGCAUGGCAACGCUAUAACUAAUGAGGAAAGGCUGAUUACUCUUCAUCUUGCUAGAAUUGAUAGAAUAUUAGGUUCAAACCCAAGUCCUGGUGCCCGACACUACUAAACACAUUUGUCUCCCCUCGUCCCCCAUGCAUGGAUCUUAGCUUUGAAGUCGAUCAUGCACUUAUCUCCAUAUCUCUUUACUCAUUUGUAAUUCAGGUUUGCCUCUAAUCUUGUCUGCACUAGAAGAACAAUUAGUUUCCGCAUGUUGUUAUUAACUCAUAAUGAGGAAUAAAGAUAAACACUCUUU